AUGCCCCCUGUUCCUUGCGCAAUCUGCAAGACAGAGCGCGCACUCAUCAAGCGGCCCAAGAAUUACCAGAAGCUCUGCAGGCAGUGCUUCAUCCAGAUAUUUGAAGAUGAGGUCCACCACACCAUAACAUCGUCUCAGCUCUUCUUCCCCGGCGAGAAGGUCGCCAUAGGGGCUUCUGGAGGCAAGGAUUCCACCGUCUUGGCGUCUGUACUCAAGACCUUGAAUGAGCGGCACAAGUACGGGCUCGAUCUCGUCCUGCUCAGCAUAGACGAAGGCAUCAAGGGCUACCGGGACGAUUCGCUGGAGACGGUGAAACGCAAUGCCGUGCAGUACGAGAUGCCCCUCAAGAUCGUUGGCUAUGACGAGUUAUACGGCUGGACCAUGGACCAAGUUGUGGAGACCAUUGGGAAGAAAGGCAACUGCACAUACUGCGGCGUCUUCAGGCGGCAGGCCCUGGACAGAGGAGCGAAGAUGUUGGGCAUUAAGCACGUCGUCACCGGCCACAACGCGGACGACGUGGCCGAGACAAUCCUGAUGAAUCUGCUUCGUGGCGAUCUAUCACGCCUCUCGAGAAGCACGAGCAUUGUCACCGGAAGCAACGCAAGUGAGGUUAAGAGAAGCAAGCCCCUCAAGUAUGCUUACGAAAAGGAGAUUGUGCUGUAUGCGCAUCACAAGAAGUUGGACUACUUCAGCACCGAAUGCAUAUACAGCCCCGAGGCUUUUCGGGGAAGCGCCAGAACGUUGAUCAAGAGCCUUGAAAAGGUCCGGCCCAGUGCAAUAUUGGACGUUGUGCGCAGCGGGGAGGACAUGGCACGAUUAGUACCGGGGCAACCAUCGGAUUCUUGUGGCUGUAAAGGCAAGGAGGCGCCCGUCCCCAAAGCUGUGGAAGAUGAGGGCGCUGGCGGGUGCGGAUCAGCGAAUGGCCGAGCAGGAGGAAGCGAGAUGGCUGCGAUGGAGAAGCAACUACGUGAGAACGAGAAGGUUGCGAAUGAGGGACUAGAGACCGAGGUAAAGACCCAGAAAGUGCAAGGCCAACGGCACGACCGGACGAACAAGAGUGAGACGGAAGUCAGCGUCAGUGUUCCUCUUCGGCCAAAGCAGAAACUCGGCACCUGCGAGAGAUGUGGUUACAUGUCGAGCCAGAAGCUCUGCCAGGCAUGCAUGCUCCUGGAAGGCCUGAACAAGAACAGGCCAGAAAUUAGGAUAUGA